AUGGAGCUGGGAUCCUCGCAAGAGCCUCCAGUGAAGAGGCGGAGAUUCUUCAAGGACCCGGACGAGGCAUCAUCGGAUCCGGUGGCUUUCAGCAGUCCCAAGCACGAGUAUAGCUCGAGUCAAGAGCCAAGGCUGUUCUUCAAGACGGAGGACGACGAUGACCGCGAGGAGGAAAUAGAGAAUAAAGCGAAAGCUGCCUCUAGGCAAGCUUCUCGCGAAGAACCCACGCCCCAGCACGAGUCCUCAUCGUUGACCUUUGACCAAGAGACGUUUGAAAGCUUUGUUGGAUGUAAAGUUGCUGCCGAUAUCCUGAGGACCAUUCAGCAACACUGCGGGAACAACCUGGAACGAGCUGUCAACAUGUACUUCGACGGCACCUACAAGAAACUCAUCAAGUCAAAGUCAACAUCUCAUCCAACGGCAUCUUCUGCCACGCCGGGCUCCAGCCGAACAGCAUUGACCGACGCCCCGGCCCAGUCCCCGCCGAUUCCCAUCCGACGAACCAUGUCGAGCUCACGAUACAUUGGCGCAUUCGGCGUCGAGGGAUGGGCUACAAGAAGUGGAGCAAACUUGCUGAAGCACGGCGAAAUCGUCAAGAUUGAACGGCAAAAGAUACAGCCUCCUCUACCCCCAAAGACGAAACCCCGGCUCGGCGCCCCUCCCACUCCCGUCAAGAUGAACACCGCCGCCUCGAGACGAGUCGACGUUAUCGUACGAUUUACCACCCACAGCGGCCAAGAGAUCGGACGGCUGGCUAAGGAUACUGCGAACUGGGUGUCGACGCUGAUAGAUCAAAAGGUUUGCGGGUUUGAAGGUAUAUGCGUGUACUGCCCUGAGCGUGUGCGAACAAACGAUACCAUCUUUCUCCAGCUGAGAUGCUUUCUGCUCAACUCGGCCUUCUUCGACCGAAGCUUCAAGCCGGGAAACGAUUCUUCAGCCACAUGGUUCGAACAGCAGAUUGAGACGGCGCAAGAGAAGGAACUCCGACUUCGACAAGUUGCUUUGGUUAGGCUUUUCCAGGAAAUUAAUCUGCAACCGGUUGCCGCAAAUGCUGCAGCAAAGGGUGGGCGAAAGGGCCUCCUUCAGGCUGCCGAGAUGGAUGAGCAGAAGCAAAAGGACUCGAAAAAGGCAACAGCGAACAGCAACAAGGAAUCUGGAAACUCAUCACCGUCGGAAGAAGCUGAAGAAGGAGAGGAGCUUGAACAAGAUCAGCUUGAUUCGCUGUAUAAGAAGGCUCAGACAUUCGACUUUAAUAUGCCGGAAGCUGAGCCCGCGAGCACUUUUGCCAUGUCGCUGCGGCCAUAUCAAAAGCAGUCUCUGCAUUGGAUGCUGGCCAAAGAGAAAGAUGAGCGGAGCCAUAGAGAGCCCUCGAUGCAUCCAUUGUGGGAGGAGUAUCUAUGGCCAAUCAAGGAUGUUGACGACAAGGAUUUACCCACAGUAGAAGGCCAAUCCAAGUUUUAUGUCAACCCUUACUCUGGCGAACUUACGCUAGACUUUCCUGUUCAGGAACAGCACUGUCUCGGCGGCAUUCUCGCUGAUGAAAUGGGUCUUGGAAAGACCAUUCAGAUGCUCAGUCUGAUACACUCGCACCGAUCCGAGGCUUCGCACAACGCCAGGUCAACUUCUAAAGACGGAUUGAAUCAACUUCAGCGGCUGGGUAAGAACUCGUCAAACGUCGUGGAUGCGCCCUGCACUACUCUUGUGGUUGCUCCGAUGUCUCUACUAUCGCAGUGGCACAGCGAAGCCGAGAAGGCCUCAAAAGCAGGCACUAUGAAGGUUCAGCUCUACUAUGGCACUGAGAAGGCGUUGAAUCUGCAGUCGCUGUGCAGUGGCUCCAACGCGCCGGAUCUUGUCAUCACCAGUUACGGCGUCGUCUUAUCAGAGUUUGGCAGUGUUGUCCCAAAGAACGGCGAAAGGGCAUUCCAUACUGGCAUUUUCUCGCUCAAAUUCUUCCGAGUGAUUCUAGAUGAAGCCCACUAUAUUAAAAACCGAGCUUCCAAAACUGCGCGCGCGUGUUAUGAGAUUGCGGCAGAUCAUCGAUGGGCCCUGACCGGUACGCCGAUUGUCAACAGGCUAGAAGACCUCUUUAGCUUGGUGCGCUUCCUGGGAGUUGAGCCGUGGAACAACUUUUCCUUUUGGAAGACGUUCAUCACGGUACCAUUCGAAUCAGGCGACUUUGUGCGCGCAUUGGACGUUGUGCAGACGGUUCUAGAACCAUUGGUCACGCGAAGAACAAAAGAUAUGAAGACACCAGAUGGCCAGCCCUUGGUACAGCUUCCCCCGAAACAGAUUGACCUGGUGGAGGUGGAGCUCUCCAAAACGGAACGAGACAUUUACGACCACAUCUUUAACAAAGUAAAGAACACAUUUGCCAAGAACGUAGAGGCUGGCACUGUACUCAAGGCAUUCACAACUAUCUUUGCUCAGAUUAUGCGUCUCCGUCAAUCGUGCUGUCAUCCUGUUCUUGUCCGCAACAAGGAUAUUGUCGCCGAUGAGGAAGAGGCUGGAGCCGCAGCAGAUGCAGCUACUGGGUUGGGAGAUGACAUGGACCUCGAAUCGCUGAUUACACAGUUCACUGCCAUCACAGAUGAAGCGACCAGCGAUAGGCAGACAUACGGAGCACAUGCGCUGGACGAGAUUCGGAAUGAAGCAGAAAAGGAAUGCCCCUUGUGCUUUGACGAGCCAAUGAAUGAGCAGAUUGUGACUGGAUGCUGGCACUCUGCGUGUAAAAAGUGCUUGAUGGACUUUAUCAAACAUGAGACGGACCAUGGCAAAGUGCCGAGGUGCUUCAACUGCCGGGCACCGAUCAACCAGCGUGAUCUAUUCGAGGUCGUGCGGCAUGACGAAGGCGAUGCAUUUGCCUCGAAACCGCGCAUCAGCCUGCAGCGAUUGGGCGUCAAUUCAUCGUCAGCCAAAGUUACAGCGUUGAUGACAGAGCUUCGAUCGUUACGCCGUGAACGGCCUCACAUGAAGUCUAUCAUCUUUUCACAGUUUACGUCUUUCUUGUCGCUCAUCGAGGCCGCGCUCAAUCGCGCCAACAUCAAGUUCCUUCGACUCGACGGAAGCAUGACGCAAAAGGCGCGUGCAGCGGUGCUGCAGGAAUUCUCAGACAGCAAAGGCUUUGUGGUGAUGCUGAUGAGCCUGCGCGCGGGCGGCGUGGGACUGAAUCUGACGAGCGCGGGGCGCGUGUUUAUGAUGGACCCCUGGUGGAGCUACGCCGUGGAGUUGCAGGCGAUUGAUCGGGUGCACAGACUGGGGCAGCAGGACGAGGUGGUUGUGAAGCGGUUCAUCGUGAAGGGGAGUGUGGAGGAGAGGAUGUUGAAGAUUCAGGAGAGGAAGAAGUUUAUAGCGACGUCGUUGGGCAUGAUGAACGACGAAGAGAAGAAGCUCCAAAGGAUAGAGGAUAUCAAGGAGCUUCUUAGCUAG